UGUUGCCUGGCGCCUGCAUCCUUGCAGCCAGACGGGGUAACCGUAGUCACCGGUUCACCAUCAGCAGCGGAGAAGACGCCGUACAGAGGGGGCUUCUUCCUUCUCAGAUUGCAUCGUGCGCCCUCGAUGCUCCUGCAUUCAGUCCUCUCUGUCUCUGUCCCUGCACAGCUCUCUGACAGAGUGAGGAGGAUCUUCAGCGUCCCUGGAGAGUUACAUUUGCAGUGAGACCAUGACUCUGGCAGCCUAUAAAGAGAAGGUCAAAGAGCUCCCCCUGGUGUCUCUGUUCUGCUCAUGCCUGAACCCACGCACUGCAGAAAACCCGACCUACAAGGCAGAAGAUGCAGUGGACUUGGCCUGGUGCGUCAUCAAAGACGUAGAAGUUAUCGAGCUGAACAAACGUGCAUCGGGCCAGGCCUUCGAGGUCAUCCUCAAGCCCCCGUCUUUUGACGGCUUGCCUGAACUCAAUGCCUCCAUGCCGCAGCGCCGCGACCCAUCCCUGGAGGAGAUCCAGAAGAAGUUAGAGGCGGCUGAAGAGAGGCGAAAGUGCCAGGAGGCGGAGCUGCUGAAGCACCUGGCAGAGAAGAGAGAGCAUGAGCGCGAGGUGAUCCAGAAAGCUUUUGAGGAGAACAACAACUUCAUCAAGAAUGCCAAGGAGAAGCUGGAGCAGAAGAUGGAGGCCAACAAGGAGAACAGGGAGGCUCUGCUGGCAGCCAUGCUGGAAAGGCUGCAGGAGAAGGACAAACAUGCAGAGGAAGUGAGGAAGAACAAGGAGAUGAAGGAGGAGGCCUGCCGGUAGACGAAUGGCACGAGGGAACCGAAAGAGCGAGGAAAAAAAAUAAAAAGGGGGAAAAACAGUGCAUUAAAAGAAGAGCUCAACAGCAACUGGGGCAGAUUUUGGUUUUCAUAUUUGAUGUAUGCUGCAAUGAUUCUGAACAAGCUGUAUAAAGUUUAGCCACUCUUGAUGUUAAAUUUUCUCUUUUUUCUAAAGGAACGUGGGAGGGUGGGGAGGGACGUCAGCACUAAUGUUUUCAAAGAGGGACAGCCAUCCAAUCAUGACUAAGUAAAAAAAAAAAAGAAAUUAGAGCUCCUGUUUUCUGUGUUCAGCAUCAGAAGAUGAUUUUAGUGAAGCUGUGUUUUUUCUUGGCAACGCUUCCAGUUUGGCACAGCCAGAGACGCAGUUUCUCUCCAAUUAGACUAAGUA